CUAUACCGCCAGUGCUCAGUGGGAAAUAUUUUAGAUCACAGGUACAAAAUUAUCUUCGGAUCGUAUAAUGGCUCAAAUUCAAACUCAAGGAAUUCAACAGUUGUUAGCUGCCGAAAAACGUGCGGCUGAUAAAGUUAAUGCAUCAAGAAGGCGUAAAGCAAAGAAACUGAGGCAAGCUAAAGAAGAGGCGGAGGAGGAAAUCGAGAAAUUUCGUAAGGAGCGUGACCAACAAUUUCAUGAUUACGUGGACGAACAUGUAGGUACCCGGGGUAGUAUUGAAAAGCAAAUUGAAAUUGACACUAAUCAAAAAAUCGAUGAACUGAACAGGGCUGCCCAUACACGAACGGAUGAGGUGGUGAAGGGUGUACUCGAUAUAGUUCAGGAAAUUAAGCCCAUUAUCCAUAAGAACUUCCGCAACGCAGCUUAAAAACAAAAAUUGUGCUAUAGAUUUGAGAAGUUACCACGAUGUUGAGUCUAAAAAACUUCAUUUAGAAAGCUAAAUUUAAACUGGUGUUAAUUUAAUGUAAAAAAUAUUCCAGAAUUCUUUAAUAUUUCAUAUAAAUAUACAUGUUAAUAAAACUAA